AGGGAAAGUACUGCAGGUUUCUAGGGGGUUGAGGAAACAGCAUCCCGUAGGUGUUAGGCCUCUUGAUUAUUGAAACGGGUAUUUUUCUUUUGAUUGACUAGAGCAAAGGGCUUAAUCAUCUUGGCUGCAUUCCAAAGAGUAGGGUAAGGGUUAACUGCUCGAUAAUUAUUUACAAACGGUAGAGGACUGUAAGCUAUAGAAUGCUGUUUAAUAUAAGUGCUGAAUGGGGUGAUACAUACAUGGUUUUGGGAUUAACAAACGUGUACCUCUUUCUGUCCUGGCAACAAUAUUUAUCUUCUCUAUAGAUGAGGAAAACGAAACCUAGCAACUGCUUACAUAGUUUGGCUAAAGCCAUAAGCCAAACAGUAGUUGUGAAUGGGAAUUAAUGACACUUCCUCUACCCUGAGAAAGUGCAAGGAUAAAGAGAAGGGGGGGAUUUGACCCCUUGAAGUCACCUCAAUUGUGAAUUUAGUGUUUCUAUAUCAUAAUUGGGUAUUCACAGAGUUGAACACUGUGUCCCUGAUUAAAACCUGUGUUUACCUCUUAGUUAACAAAUCACUAAGAUGUAGAGGCAGAAGGGUCCACUUAAUACUGUUUUGAGUUUUUCUGCUAGAUGCUGUGUUUCAAGGGCACUAAUUCCUCUCAAUCUGUACAGAUAUCCAAGUAAUUUAAAGGAACGUGAACCUGGAGAAAUUCAAGUGACUCAGAUAUGGAGGACAGAAGACCUUGUCCGGAUGUCAGGCCCAGGAAUCCCCACACCAACCACAGAGGGCCUAUGGAUGGUGAUUUACCACCAAGAGCUAGAAAUCACGCCAAUAAUCCACCAGCCAAUGCUCUCAGAGGAGAAGCCAACCAACUGGGAAGGCAUCCGAGGGCCAACAACCAUCCUGUUCCUUAUUGGCAAAGAGAAGAGAGGUUUGCGGCCAUGGGAAGGAACCCACAUCCUGAAAGGAGGAACUGUGGAGGACGUGGCAACAAUGAACCUAGAGGACAAAGACGUGGUCAGGAGAAUGACACCAGAGAGAGAAAUGGCAGUCAGGAGGGAAGGAACCGCAGACCGCCAUGGCCUGGUGAAAAAUUCCAACAGUGGCAGACCCCCCACCAGAAGCCUGCAGAACAGCCACAGCAGAUGAAGAAACUGGGCUAUAAGUUCCUAGAAAGUCUUCUGCAGAAAGACCCCUCUGAGGUGGUUAUCACACUUGCCACAAGCUUAGGACUGAAGGAGCUUCUGUCUCAUUCUUUUAUUAAACCCAACUUCCUUGAGCUCAUUUGCCAGGUUCUUCGGAAGGCUUGCAGUUCCAAAAUGGAUCGCCAGAGUGUUCUCCACGUCCUGGGCAUAUUGAAGAGCUCACAGUUCCUCAGAGUCUGCCUGCCAGCUUAUGUGGUAGGGAUGAUCACUGAACCUGUGCCCGAUGUUCGAAACCGGUAUCCAGGACACAUUAGCAACAUUGUCUCCCUCCUCCAGGACCUGGUAAGCGUCUUCCCUGCCAGUUCUGUGCAGGAAACUUCCAUGCUCAUUUCCCUCCUGCCAGCUUCUCUGAAUGCUUUGAGAGCCUCUGGUGUUGACAUAGAAGAGGAGACUGAGAAGAACCUGGAAAAGGUGCAGACUGUCAUCGAACAUUUGCAGGAAAAGAGGCGAGAGGGCACUUUAAGAGUGGAUACCUACACUUUAGUACAGCCUGAGGCAGAAGAAAAUGUUGAGAGCUACCGGACCAUGCCCAUUUACCCUACCUACAAUGAGGUGCACUUGGAUGAGAAGCCAUUUCUUCGCCCCAACAUCAUUUCUGGAAAAUAUGAGAGCACUGCUGUCUAUCUGGAUACCCACUUCCGACUUCUUCGAGAAGAUUUUGUCAGACCCCUACGAGAAGGCAUUUUGGAACUUCUCCAAAGCUUUGAAGACCAAGGCCUGAGAAAGAGAAAAUUUGAUGACAUCCGAAUCUACUUUGAUACCAGGAUUAUCACCCCUGUGUGUUCAUCAUCAGGCAUUGUCUAUAAGGUGCAGUUUGACACAAAACCACUGAAGUUUGUUCGCUGGCAAAAUUCCAAUCGAUUGCUCUAUGGGUCCUUGGUGUGCAUGUCCAAGGACAAUUUUGAGACAUUUCUUUUUGCCACAGUGUCUAACCGGGAGCAUGAGGAUCUCUGCCGAGGAUUUGUCCAGCUCUGCUUCAAUGAACAGAGCCAACAGCUGCUAGCAGAGGUACAGCCCUCUGACUCUUUCCUCAUGGUGGAGACAACCGCAUACUUUGAGGCCUAUAGGCAUGUCCUGGAAGGGCUCCAGGAGAUCCAGGAGGAAGAUGUCCCCUUCCAGAGAAACAUUGUGGAAUGUGACUCCCAUGUGAAGGAACCAAGGUAUUUGCUAAUGGGAGGCAGAUAUGAUUUCACUCCCUUAAUAAAGAAUCCCUCAGCCUCUGGGGAAUCUCUGAGGAAUGCUGAGGGCUUGAGACAUGACAGAGUUAAUGUCUUAGACCCCAGCCAGUGGCCCUCCAAAGAAGCCCUGAAGCUGGAUGACUCCCAGAUGGAAGCUUUGCAGUUUGCUCUCACAAGGGAACUAGCUAUCAUUCAGGGACCUCCUGGAACAGGCAAAACCUAUGUGGGUCUAAAAAUUGUUCAGGCCCUUCUAACCAAUGAGCCUGUUUGGCAAAUUAGCCUCCAGAAGUUCCCCAUCUUGGUUGUAUGUUAUACUAAUCAUGCUUUGGAUCAGUUUUUGGAAGGUAUCUAUAAGUGUCAAAAGCCCAGCAUUGUGCGGGUAGGUGGACGGAGCAGCAGUGACAUCCUGAAGCAGUUCACCCUGAGGUUGCUGAGGAACAAGCGGGAAUUCCGCCGAAACCUUCCCAUGCACCUCCGAAGGGCCUACAUGAGUAUUAUGACACAAAUGAAGGAGUCAGAGCAAGAGCUGCAUGAAGGGGCCCAGACUCUGGAGUGCACUACGCGUGGCGUAAUACAGGAACAACACCUGCAGAAGUACAUUUCCUCCCAGCACUGGAAAAGCCUGAUGAAUGGACCAAUACAGGAUAGUGAAUGGGUUUGCUUCCAACGCUGGAAGCAUUCCAUGAUACUGGAGUGGCUGGGUCUGGGUGUCAUUUCUUUCACCCAAAGUGUUGCUCCGGCGGGACCUGAAAAUAUAGCCCCGGCAGAAGGAGAGGAAGAGGAAGAGGGGGAAGAGGGCGCUCUGAUUGAGAUUGCGGAGGAGGCAGACCUGAUUCAAGCCGACCGGGUGAUUGAAGAGGAAGAGGUGGUGAGGCCCCGGAGGCGGAAGAAGGAAGAGAAUGGGGCAGUCCAGGAACUGGCUAAAUUGCUUCUGGCCGUAGGCAUAGAAAACUACGGCCCUGGGACAGCAGCUGGGCAGGAGCAAGCCACAGGAGAGUGGGAGACCCAGCGUAGCCAGAAAAAGAAAAUGAAAAAGAAAGUGAAGGAUGAGCUUCGCAAACUGAACUCCAUGACCGAGGCUGAGGCCAGUGAAAUCCAGGAUGUUUGGCAGCUGGAUCUGAAUUCUCGCUGGCAGCUUUAUAGGCUGUGGCUACAGAAGUACCAGGCUGACACCCGCCGAAAGAUCCUCAACUAUGAGCACCAGUACCGCACAUCAGCAGAGAGAAUGGCUGAGCUGAGACUCCAGGAAGACCUGCACAUUUUGAAAGAUGCCCAGGUUGUGGGAAUGACAACCACAGGUGCUGCCAAAUAUCGCCAGAUUCUGCAGAAGGUAGAGCCUCGGAUUGUCAUUGUGGAAGAGGCUGCUGAAGUUCUUGAGGCCCACACCAUUGCUACAUUGAGCAAAGCUUGCCAACACCUCAUUCUGAUUGGGGACCACCAGCAGCUGCGCCCCAGUGCCAAUGUGUAUGAUCUGGCCAAGAAUUUCAAUCUUGAGGUGUCCCUCUUUGAACGGCUGGUGAAAGUAAACAUUCCUUUUGUCCGUCUAAAUUACCAGCACCGAAUGCGCCCUGAAAUUGCCCGGCUUUUGACCCCCCACAUUUACCAGGAUCUGGAGAAUCAUCCCUCUGUUCUCAAAUAUGAGAAGAUUAAGGGGGUGUCUUCCAACCUUUUCUUUAUAGAACACAACUUUCCUGAACAGGAAAUUCAAGAAGGCAAAAGCCACCAGAACCAGCACGAGGCUCACUUUGUGGUAGAGCUGUGCAAGUACUUCCUGUGCCAGGAGUACCUGCCUUCCCAGAUCACCAUCCUCACCACCUACACGGGGCAGCUGUUCUGUCUGCGCAAACUCAUGCCAGCUAAGACUUUUGCUGGUGUCAAGGUCCAUGUGGUGGAUAAAUACCAAGGGGAAGAGAAUGACAUCAUCCUCCUCUCGCUAGUGCGGAGCAACCAGGAAUGCAGGGUGGGUUUUCUCCAGAUACCCAACCGCAUCUGCGUGGCCUUGUCCCGCGCCAAGAAGGGGAUGUACUGUAUCGGAAACAUGCAGAUGCUGGCCAAGGUCCCCUUGUGGAGCAAGAUCAUCCAUACUCUUCGAGAGAACAACCAAAUAGGCCAGACACUCCGGCUGUGCUGCCAGAACCACCCCGAUACCCACACUUUAGUAUCCAAAGCUUCUGACUUCCAAAAAGUUCCCGAAGGAGGCUGUAGCCUGCCUUGUGAGUUCCGACUGGGCUGUGGGCAUGUCUGCACCCGUGCCUGCCACCCCUAUGACUCCUUGCACAAGGAGUUCCAGUGUAUGAAGCCAUGCCAGAAGGUCAUCUGCCAAGACGGGCAUCGGUGCCCCCUUGUUUGCUUCCAGGAGUGUCAACCUUGUCAGGUGAAGGUGCCCAAAAUCAUUCGUCGGUGUGGCCAUGAACAGAUGGUCCCUUGUUCCAUGCCUGAGUCAGAAUUCUGCUGCCAAGAGCCUUGCCCCAAGGUUCUGAAAUGUGGGCACAGAUGCAGCCACCCAUGUGGCGAGUUGUGUGUGCAGUUGUGUUCAGAAAUGGUCACUGCGCAACUCAAGUGUGGGCAUAAUCAACAGGUGAAGUGUGGUAAUGUGGUAGACCUCAUGUAUGACCUACCAGUCAAAUGCACCACCAAGUGUCACACCAUCUUGGACUGUGGGCAUCCUUGCCGUGGCUCCUGCCACAGCUGCUUUGAAGGGCGCUUUCAUGAGCGCUGUCAGCAGCCCUGCAAGCGUCUGCUCAUCUGUUCUCACAAGUGCCAGGAGCCAUGCAUUGGCGAGUGCCCACCCUGUCAGCGGACCUGUCAGAACCGCUGUGUCCAUAGCCAGUGCAAGAAGAAGUGUGGGGAACUGUGCAGCCCCUGCGUGGAACCCUGUGUUUGGCGCUGCCAGCAUUACCAGUGCACCAAACUCUGCUCUGAGCCCUGCAACCGACCCCCAUGCUACGUGCCUUGUACUAAGCUGCUGGAUUGUGGCCACCCCUGCAUUGGUUUGUGUGGGGAGCCAUGCCCUAACAAGUGCCGUGUCUGCCACCAGGAAGAAGUCACUCAAAUCUUCUUUGGCUUUGAGGAUGAGCCUGAUGCCCGUUUUGUGCAGCUAGAAGACUGCAACCACAUGUUUGAGGUGCAAGCCCUGGACCGCUACAUGAAUGAGCAAAAGGAUGAUGAAGUUGCCAUCAGGUUGAAGGUCUGCCCUGUCUGCCAGGUGCCCAUCCGCAAAAACCUGAGAUAUGGAACCAGCAUUAAACAGCGGCUGGAAGAGAUUGAAAUGGUCAAAGAAAAGAUGCAGGGCUCAGCAGGGGAAAUUGCAACCAGUCGGGAACAACUUAAGGUCCUGCUGGAGGGGAAGAACCUCCUUCUUCAGCUGCUUCCGGAAGACUUCCUGAUGUUGACAGAGAAGCUGGCCCAGAAAAAUCUGUCAGUGAAGGACCUGGGCCUUGUUGAGAAUUACAUCAGCUUCUAUGACCACCUGGCUGGACUAUGGGAUUCCCUGAAAAAGGUGCAUUUCUCAGAACAAAGUAGAGUGAGGACUCGAUUAGACCAGGUCCAUGAGUGGCUAGCCAAGAAGUGUUUGAGCUUCACCAGCCAGGAAUUGGAUGACCUCCAACGUGAAAUCCAGAGGCUCACAUACCUGGUGAAUCUCCUGAUCCGCUGCAAGAUGGCAGAGGGGAAAAUGAGCGGUACCAUAGAAGAAGAGGUCUGCGCUGUCCGCAGGAUCCUUGAGAGGACAUGUAAGUUCACCCAGGAGGAGGAACAGCUUGUGCAGAAAAAAAUGGAAGCUCUGAAAGCCACUCUUCCCUGCUCUGGCCUGGGUAUCUCAGAAAAAGAGCGUGUACAGAUCGUCAAAGCCAUGGGUUUUCCUCGUGGACACUGGUUCAAGUGUCCCAAUGGCCACAUCUAUGUGAUUGGUGAUUGUGGGGGAGCCAUGCAGAGGGGCACGUGUCCUGAAUGUAAGGAAGUGAUUGGGGGCAUAAAUCAUACUCUGGAAAGGAGUAACCGGCUGGCUUCUGAGAUGGAUGGAGCCCAGCAUGCUGCCUGGUCCAACACAGCCAACAACCUGAUGAACUUUGAGGAGAUCCAGAGGAUGAUGUAGAAUGGCACACCGCUGCCUUUUGCCCUGGCCACUGAGGCUGGGGUCGGCUCCCUUAUAAAGAAACCGAAGUUUGUCUUUUAGUGUCCUUUACUCUUAGCGCCUAUUUAAGGAUCCACUUUUAGAGUUUGCCCACAUUUGUUUCUAGAUUAACCCCUGCGCUAGAACAAGCACUUUACCUCCAGAACUGAGAGCAGAGUUAACAGAUUUCUUUUUCUCUCCUGCAAGUUAGUGGACAGACUACCUGGAGUAUGUUUGGGGCUUCCACCUAGGGCUACAUAGAGGUCUCUCUGGGUCCUGACUCGGUCACGUUUCUUCUGCAGUGUUCUGGAGGUACAGAGUGUGAGCUCAGUGAAGCAGACUCAGUCUAAGUGCCAGGCCUUAACUUGCAGAAUAACUUUCAUUUUAAUAAACAGAGGCUCAGAGUUGUUGUUUAUGAACUGCUUAUCCUUUCAAGGAGCACAAGAAUCCCUCUUGCCCUUCUCCUCGGCACCCUCACUCCAGGAGUUGGAGGCAUGUGAUAAGACAAAGACUUCACUGACUAACCCUGACCCUGUUAUAUAUCCAUCGAGUGGGAAGUGUGACUACCGACAGCUGGGGGCUUAUUCAAGAAGCCCAGGCUAACUGAAGAGCGAUCCCUGUACCCUUUCCUGUGACUUGCACUUUGGAAUGGUAGAUGUUACUUUGCCUCUGUACCAGGAAAAGUUCAGCAACAGUGCUGCUUCCCUGGGGUCCAGAAUGGAACUAAACUCAUAUUUGGUACCAGCAGCACCUAUCCAAAGUGUGGCUCUUUAUCCCAACACCAUCUAUUGCAGCUUUUGCCUGGGCAGGGUUAGCAUGCCAACAGCUUCUGCGGGCGCCAGACCCAUGCCAGAAGCCAGCCUCCCAGGCCUGCCUCAUGCAUACAUAUUCCUUCAGUCUAGUGUUCCCUAGAGCAGAAACUUAGGCAUCUCAGGUCUUUCUAAUUUUAGCAAGAAAAACAUCUUUCCUAUGUAUGCAUUUCUUUCUUUUGACUAUGCACUUUAGCCUAUAAAGCUAAUUAAUAAAAACUGAUUGCAAGUAA